AGGGAGAUAUUAAAGGUAGAGCUGCUUGCCUUCUUGGGCCUGUAAGAAACUUCAGGAGAAAGAUGAUGUUGUUCUGGGGAGGGAUGACAGUGGAAAGGACAUUUUCUGGAGAGGGGAAUGCAGUGGAACUUAAGAUAUUGAUUUUCUGUCCCCAUUCUUGUGAACCAAGUACAAAGGUGAAAGACAUCCCUGACAGCAUGUCUUUUUCCCUGUUUUGUUUUGUUUGUUUGUUUUUUUCUAGGUCCUUGGCAAUUGGUCACCAGUAUUCCUCCUUGGGGACUCAGCCCAUCCUCUGUGGGAGCAUCCCAGGGCUGGUACCCAAGCAGCUACGCUUCUGUCGGAACUAUGUGGAAAUCAUGCCCAGCGUAGCAGAAGGGGUAAAGAUUGGAAUCCAGGAAUGCCAACACCAAUUUCGAGGGAGGAGGUGGAACUGCACGACUGUCAAUGACAGCUUAGCCAUCUUUGGACCUGUGCUAGAUAAAGCUACCAGGGAAUCAGCCUUUGUCCAUGCCAUUGCCUCUGCUGGAGUGGCUUUCGCAGUGACCAGAUCCUGUGCUGAGGGCUCGGCCACCAUCUGCGGCUGUGACACCCGUCACAAAGGCUCUCCUGGGGAAGGCUGGAAAUGGGGGGGCUGCAGCGAGGACGUGGAGUUUGGGAGCAUGGUGUCUCGGGAGUUUGCGGAUGCCCGAGAGAACAGACCAGAUGCUCGGUCAGCCAUGAACAGGCACAACAACGAAGCUGGAAGGACCUCUAUUAUUGAACUCAUGCAUCUUAAGUGCAAAUGCCAUGGCCUCUCAGGCAGCUGCGAAGUGAAGACCUGCUGGUGGUCUCAGCCAGACUUCAGGGUCAUCGGUGACUACCUCAAGGACAAGUAUGACAGUGCUUCUGAAAUGGUGGUGGAAAAACAUCGAGAAUCCCGUGGCUGGGUUGAGACCCUAAGGCCCAAAUACAACUUCUUCAAGGCUCCAACUGAGAAGGACCUAGUUUACUAUGAGAACUCACCAAACUUUUGUGAGCCCAACCCUGAGACAGGUUCCUUUGGGACACGUGACAGGAUCUGUAAUGUCACUUCCCAUGGGAUUGAUGGUUGUGACCUUUUGUGCUGCGGCCGUGGGCACAACACAAGGACUGAGAAACGGAAAGAGAAGUGCCACUGUAUCUUCCACUGGUGCUGCUAUGUCCGCUGCCAGGAGUGCAUACGAGUCUACGAUGUCCACACGUGCAAAUAAAGCAGGCAAAACCCUUCACUGGGCUCCAAGUGGAGAAACAGAUUUGAGCCUACUUGCUCUGAGGUUGCAGACAUGAGAGAAGUCUACAUUUUUGAUAUUAAAAUAAUAAAAACUUAAAAAAAAAGGCUAAAACCGGUUGGAUAGAAUAGGUCUAAUGACUUCUGGGCUAUCCCGUGGUACACCUGGCAGUCACACAACUUAUGCCCCAACAAUGUCUCCUGUAGGAGAGAGCAGUUUUUCAACCAGUGAACAACAUAGAGCUGGAAAGAAGAGCAUUAGCAAAAGCAUGCAUUUACUCUGCUCUCACCCGCUGGAAGUGACUCGUGUGAUUAAGUGUCCUUUGAAAGACUUGCAUCUUCCUAAGUAUCUCCUUUUCCCUCAGCCAGGCAGAGGUUGUGUUGGACAGCAGCACGAAGCUUUCUGAGAUCUAUCUACAUGCCCAAAUGGCCAGACUCUGUAUAAUAUGAGCAACAACAGCAGCAAAAUAAAUAAAAGCAGAUAAAUUAAU